UUGACAUAUCACGUUUUGAAAACAUGAGUCUGACUCCGUCCUACGAGGGAGAGAGUGCCUCUGCCUCUCCUGAGAGUCCUGGAGAAGGUGACUUCUCCUCUCGACAGUUUUAUGACAACUCGGAGAGCCUGGAGGAGCACGAGACAUGUGACGAGAGAGGCCCCAUUGUUAAUAAGGUACCCGACAACUACUCCAGCGCCCCUUUGAAAGCUCCGAUCUGUGCUUCGCUGAUGACAAAUGACCUUGAGAACGAACGCGCUGGCAUUUCUUCUGAAGAACAGAUUGAAAAAAGACACUCUAGAGAACCAGAGGAUUCAAGUACGUCGCUGGCAAAAAAGAAACUUCCGGCCUCAUCACAUUUAAUGGAGGUCUGCACACUGGAUGGAAGAUUUAUUACUCUGGUGAGCACUCAAACGCAGACAGAUCGGGAGAGGGUGGAGCAGAGCCUCUCUUUCAGCUGUCAAGUUCAAAGGGAAGUGGGGGAUCUCCAGAUGUUGCCUGAUGAAAUGAUCAUGGACACUGUCCCAGUGUAUUUGAAGGAGACAGGAGAUGACGAGACAGAGGAGGAGUAUGAUGUCCCUUGUCCAGGUCUCCCUCGUCUUAUAGCAUACAGAAGAGAGCCGAAACAAACUCUUCGUAUUUCAAAGCUUCUAGAAGUUGAACCUGAAAAGAAUGCUCCUCUUGCUCCAUGUGAGUUCUGCCAGAAGCUCUGUCAGCCCUUCACACUCAGCGAAUCGCUGGAAAAUGAGAUCCACUUCGAUAGGGCCUUCUAUUGUCAGGAAGCUAAACAAAUAAGAGAACUCAUCCAGAUGGAAAAGGAGAAACUGGAACUGAAAUACUAUAGUAGGAUGAUUUUUGUGGACACUUAUAGGUCUACCAGCAGAGAGGAGUGUGAAACUCCAAAAGAACCACAUGAAGGACGGGUGAAACAAUUGCAACAGCGAAGACAACUAAGAAUAUGGGAAAAAUCAGGCUUGACUACAAUACAAACAGAGAUGAGAUUUCAGCUUCCCAUCCCAGGGAAAAAUGCUGGUGGUACAUUACCAACACUAGACGAGACAUAUGAUAAACCAAAGAUAAAAGAUGUAACACAGAAAUUCUACAAAACUGGAACAUGUUUCCGGAUCAUGUAUUCAGAUGGAACCGGUACCGUUUUUUAUCCCUCUGGGAAACCAGCCAUCGUAAUAUCCUCAGCGGAAGCUGCUCACUUCACUUACAUAAUCCUUGAGGACAAGGACACAGAUCCCAGCAUCAAAGGCAUUUUCACAACUAAAGGCUACUCUACCUGCUACCAUUCCAAUGGACUGAUGUGGUUGAACCUAACCUCUGGUGGAGGUCUCUGCUUCAGUGAGACAGGAAAUUUGAGGAGGCGUUGGAACUGGUUGUAUUGUGACCCACAUGUGCAUAAACUUCCAUUCAAGCCUCUCACCUUUGCCCUUGGGCCACACAUCAGUGUGCGUAUACAUUCACAAGAGUGUGUGUAUGUCACCUUUGUGCAUAAGGAAAACCAUGUACGCUUCAGUGUUGGAUCAGAGCCCGAGCAGCUUAUUUGCCCAGAAAGCCAUGACAAGUCAGGCCAAAGCAUCUUGGAGAGAUUCAUUCAAACAAAGAAGACAGAGAUUUACUCUCUGCUUGACCAGAUGCAAACCUGCAUGUCUCGCCCAACUGCAAAUGUGCAGAAGAUAAAGCCACAUUACCGUUUCAUUGCCCAGAAGGAGCGGCUUAGCAAGCAAGUGGAAAAAGAGAAGUCACCCAAAGAGAUAAAGGCUCAUGCAAAUUAAAGGAGGAAUACAAAAACUGGUUUAUGAUGUUUGGCAGUGCCAGAGUUUGCAGAAUUGUGUUAUUUCCAAUCCCUUGAGGAUCUUGAGCUUGCAGUCAUUCUCUAUUAUGUUUAAUAAUGGGAAAACAAAACAUCACCAGUCCCACAGAUUACAAAAAAUAUAUUAUAAGAAUUAUAAAAACACAAUAUUAUCAUGUUUUGUUAUUUAAUAUCCACCUUCUGAUCUUCAUUAUGCAUGCCAGUUUGUGCAUUUAGGGCACAAACUGCACUCACUCAACACAUAAAGCCAGCCCAUGCCUGUGACUGGUAGGUAUCAGGAAAGAGGGCUCUCUGGGAGCAGUUCCAGACUCGGUUCACUGUAUAGCAAAGCAAAACUGAGUCUGGCUGGACAGGCUAAUCGGCAGGCACAGCCCGUAACCUAGCAACCCAAGUGAAUUAUAUCUCAUCUUACAUUAAAGCUAUAAUUAUUGAAAUAAAUCACAUACACAAUUUAACAAUGCCAAUAAAACACUUAACUACAGCUAAAAAGAAACAGACAGCUAACGGUUAGCAUUAUGCUAAUUUGCAUUGAAAAUCCCGAAGGGUUUGAAAGGGUGACGCAACAACAGCACUGCAUUGUGGGAUACCGGGGCAUCUGGAAACAGGGUUACAUUUGUUUACACUGCCUUCAUUCACAACACUGUCUGCGUUCCCUGUUCCUUUUUUUUUUUUAAGUCAGAAACAUGGUGCAAAUGUGCUGUGUUAUUAACUGUCACACUCAUUUUACACAAUCGCUUUGGGAAAAAGAGUUUUCGUUUUUUAAAAGUGGUAAUAAAGCCAAGGAGCUCGGAUCUCUGAACUACCAAAGAGACUCUGAAUGGACCCUGGAUUGCAGCAAUGAGACAACCAAACCUCCCUUUUAGCGCUUUAUCCCAAUAUAUGAGUGUGUGUUCACGGCAUUUUCAGACUGGUUAGUUUGAAUCAAAGCUUGUUGUGGUGUCUUACACUGAGUUUUUAGCAGGCUGCUAGUGCUAGCCAGUCGAGGAUAGUAAACAGAGUAGAAGUAAAGGAGGCCCUCUAUUUCCACCAAGCAUAGGAGAUUCAUUUAGGCUACAUCUUAAGUCGUCCUCAUUCCUUUGAUUUUAUCUGUGAUAUAAAAUUUUAUUCAAAGCAAUUUUAAAAGUAAUAAUGGGCAUGUGUGUGUCUCAAAGCUUAUGUUUUAUGCAGAGAUUUAACAGGCAGCUGGCCUAGCCAGCUGAGGAUAGUAAACAAAGGAGACCAUUUGGGAAAAUUCCCUGUUUGAUAAGUAAAUUAAUCGUUAAGCCCCA